AUGACGCGGUUCCGCGUCCCAUUCUCCUCCCUCCCCCUUCCGGAGCGCCUCCGCGUCCUUCCCGCGCCAACUGUCCGCAUCAUUGCUCUCCUCGUCGCAGUCAACGUGCUCAUCUGGACCGUCGCCGGCAUUCUCCUGCACUUCCACCCGUCCCUCAUCUCCCCCGCCGCCCUCUCUUUUGUCCUAGGCCUCCGCCAUGCCCUCGACGCCGACCACAUCUCCGCCAUUGACCUCAUGACCCGGCGCCUCAUCGCGUCGGGCCAGCGUCCAGUCACCGUCGGCACCUUCUUCUCGCUGGGCCACAGCACCAUCGUCAUCGUCACCUGCGUCGUCGUCGCUGCGACCAGCGGCGCGCUGAGGGACCGCUUCGACGGCUUCACGCGAGUGGGUAACAUCGUGGGCACCAGCGUCAGCGCUGCCUUCUUGCUGCUGCUCUGUGCUGGCAACGGAUGGGUGCUGUACAAACUUGUCAAGAGGCUGCGCGUCGUUCUGGACGAAGAGAGGAGGCGGGGGCUGGGGGGUUACGAACCCACCGAGGUAGAGGAGGGAGAUGCGGCGACGAACCUGAAGUUGGAGGGCGAGGGCUUCCUGGCCAGUGUGUUCAAGAAGGUUUUCCGUGUUGUGGACCGGCCGUGGAAGAUGUUUCCUCUCGGGAUUCUGUUCGGGCUGGGCUUUGAUACGAGCUCCGAAAUUGCUAUUCUGGGACUUUCGAGCGUGCAUGGCGCGCAGGGUACGAGCAUCUGGCUCAUCCUCAUCUUCCCCGUCCUCUUCACCGCUGGCAUGUGCCUUCUGGAUACCACGGAUGGCGCCCUGAUGAUGGCCCUCUACACGUCCAAGGCCUUCUCGCGCGACCGCGUCGCCAUCCUGUAUUACUCCAUCGUUCUCACGGGCAUCACCGUCCUCGUCUCGGCCUUCAUCGGCAUCAUUCAAGUCUUUUCACUCAUCGCCAAUGUUGCCGAGCCCGAGGGCAGCUUCUGGGACGGCGUGGAUGCCAUCGGGGAACACUUUGACAUCAUCGGCGGCAGCAUCUGCGGGCUUUUUGUCGUCGUCGGACUGGGAUCCGUGUUGGUGUACCGCCCGUGGCGGACGAGGGUCGAGAAGAGGGCCGAGGCGAGGGCUGUGCUGGCGCCCGAGGAGGAGAGGGGAUUGGAAUCAGGCGAAGGGCCCAGUUACGGUACUAUUGCUGCCGAGGAUCCCGUGUUGAAGAAGGGAGACGCUACAAGUGAGGCGAGUGUGCAGGAUUAG